ACUCACGGAUGCAAGGCCUGAAAUUAAGUUAAUUAGUAGUUGGGUCUUUGUUUGACUCUUCCCCUUUUUCUGUGAUCUCCUCUCAGGUGUGACACAUAUUCAGCAGCAGAAGAGGAAGACUUUUCAGUAUGUCUAUAGGGUUGGAGUUGAUAGGCAUCUCCCUAUGUAUUUUGGGAUGGAUUAUUUCCAUUGUGGCGUGCGCCCUCCCGAUGUGGAGGGUGACAGCCUUCAUCGGCAGUAACAUCGUGACGGCUCAGAUCAUCUGGGAGGGCCUGUGGAUGACUUGCGUGGUCCAGAGCACGGGCCAGAUGCAGUGUAAGGUCUACGACUCCAUGCUCUCUCUCUCCCAAGACCUCCAAACUGCCCGUGCCCUCACCGUCAUCUCCAUCCUGUUAGCCAUCCUCGCUGUGCUCAUCGCAAUUGCCGGGGCCAAAUGCACCAACUGCAUUGACGAUGAGGCAUCCAAGUCCAAGGUGAUGAUCAUCUCUGGGAUUUUCUUCAUUGUUUCCGGGGUCAUGCAGCUCAUUCCUGUCUCCUGGUCGGCCAACACCAUAAUCAGGGACUUCUACAACCCUUUACUUACUGACGCUCAGCGGAGGGAGCUGGGGGCUUCACUGUACAUCGGCUGGGCAGCUGCUGCCCUUCUGAUUCUUGGUGGUGGACUUCUCUGCUGCUCCUGCCCGCCACGUGAGACCAGAUACAACCCUUCACGAAUGGCUUACUCUGCCCCACGGUCUGCAGGUGGCCCAGGGCUAGAAAGGAAAGACUAUGUAUGAAUGAAGGUCAAAGAGGAAAAGACCUUAUUGAAUCUCAAACCUGCUCUCCACAUCAAACGGGGUGUACUAAAGAAAAGAGCUCAAGGAAACAAGGAGACUCCGUAAUGAAGGAUGUGUUUGAUUUUUGCCUUUAGUGUAACAUAUCUCUGAAUUAGACUCUGUUUUUCAGAGACUGAAAAAGCAUGCAAAGGACACAUGAGUGGAAAUUUCUUUAAAUCAUGUUUCAAAACGAAAAGCAAACAAUUAUGCGCUGUCAUAUUAAAAGUUAACAUGCUAAAUGUUUUCAUCAAUGUACACUUAUAUACUUUUUAUACAGUACUGGCUUCUUAAUGUUUACCACUGGAUUUUUUUAUACAAACCACCGCGACUGCUUCAUGGGUCACCUUUAUAACGAGGCACCACUGCAUGCAAAAUUCAAGAAUUGGAUGUGUUAAAUGGUAAAACAGGGUUAUCAACAAGAUUAUGUUUUGUAAAUACGGUAGUAAGAGUAUCAUUAUUCACCUGUAGGCAGUCGAGACAGAUGAUAACUGUAUUCAACACAGCUUUUGGCUCAUUGUGGUAAGGGGGGGAGGGGUGAAAUGUGCAUUGAGGCGGCACAAUAGCACCUAGGUUCAUCCAUAACAGGAAUUAUCUUUGUGUAUUAUAUACAACUGCAGUACAUGUAUCUCACAAGUGUUAUUUUUUAAUAAACGUGAUGUUUUUUAAU